AUGACAUCAUCAUUUUCAGAAAAUUUUUGGAGAAAGGUUCAACAAAUUGAAGUUGAUAUAGCCCUUGAUUAUGUACGAGACACUUGUCCUGGAACUUAUCAAUUGGAUACAGAUUCAAAUUAUACCGAUUAUAAUAAAUAUGAAUAUGCAUAUGUUGCUGCGUCACUAGUAUUUUUCGUUUUAACAUUUACAAUUGCUUUAAAAUUAUAUUCGGCAUUUGGAUUCGGAGCAUAUAAAAGAGUUGAAUAUAAUCGAAAGGUCAGAGUCAUUUCAUAUGCUAUCAUUACAGCCGCAGCAUUACCGAUACUUGGAAAAUCAAAAUAUAAAAUAUUUUAUUAUUUUCAUUCUGUAAUUUUGGUUAUUGCCAUUUUCUCUAUUGUUCUUUGUCAUUAUUCGUAUACAAGAGAAUCGAAAUCUGGAACUUAUGUAUAUUUUGCUUUAUGGAGUAUAUGUGUAGCUGAUUUUGCCUUCUUUAUUAUUGAUAGUGUGGAUACCGCUAAUAGUGGAUGGUAUUUUUGGACAACUGUUUUGAAUAUAUUUUUCUUUUUGUUAACAUUUUGGUACGUAGUAGUUGCACUAUCAAAUUUUGGUCAUGGUUUAAAAGAAAUAUUAAUUGAUGAAGAAAAUUAUGAAGAUGUGGAAUCACUUUUAGACAAAGCUAGUAAAGAAUAUAAAGAUUUUGAAUAA